CAAAGGGGAGCGACCGGCCAGCCAAACCCAAACCUGUCCCGUGGCGAGGCGACUGGCGAGUCGUCGGAGCGGACACGGAACUCGCCUUGCUCGCCCCCUUUCGUCUUCCGGUCCGGCGGCCCGUCUCUCCGCCGCGCGAUGGCGGCGGCUCCGGCUCCCGCGGCGGCCGCGGCGUCGAGGGCAGCGAGGGUGGGGCUGCUCUACGACGAGCGGAUGUGCGCGCACGCGACGCCCGACGGGGAGGAGCACCCAGAGAACCCCGAGCGGCUGCGCGCCAUCUGGCGAAAGCUCAACGCCGAGGGCGUCGCGUCCAGGUGUGUGGUCCUUAAGGCGAAGGAAGCUGAGGACAAGUAUAUAGCUUCUGUUCAUAGCAAUAACCAUAUAAAGCUGAUGAAGGAAAUUAGCUCGAAGAAAUAUGAUUCCAGCAGAAACAAGAUUGCUAGGAAAUAUAAUUCCAUUUACUUCAACAAGGGUUCCUCGGAGUCUGCUGUUCUUGCAGCUGGUUCUGUCAUCGAGGUAGCUGAGAAAGUUGCUGCAGGUGAGUUAUGUUCUGCUAUUGCACUAGUCAGACCUCCAGGCCAUCACGCCGAACAUGAUGAGGCAAUGGGAUUUUGCCUCUUCAACAAUGUGGCAGUCGCAGCUAAUUAUCUCUUAAAUGACAGGCCUGAUUUAGGUAUCAAGAAGAUAUUGAUUGUCGACUGGGAUGUUCACCAUGGAAAUGGCACACAGAAAAUGUUUUACAAUGAUCCACGUGUAUUGUUCUUUUCAGUUCACAGAUUUGAUUAUGGAAGCUUCUAUCCUGCUGAAGGGGAUGCUUCUCAUUGUUUCAUUGGAGAAGAAGCUGGUAAAGGGUAUAACAUUAAUGUUCCUUGGGAGCAUGGGAAGUGUGGUGAUGCCGAUUAUGUUGCUGCAUGGGACCACAUAUUGCUUCCUGUCGCUGAAGCCUUUGACCCUGAUAUAAUACUGGUAUCGGCUGGGUUUGAUGCAGCAUUGGGUGACCCUCUCGGUGGUUGCUGCAUCACACCGAAUGGAUAUGCACUACUACUAACAAAGCUAUUAGGGUUUGCUAAAGGAAGGAUAGUGAUGGCCCUUGAAGGAGGUUAUAAUCUUAGGUCCAUAGCAAAUUCUGUUUUUGCUUGUGCAAAAGUUCUCUUGGGAGACAAAUUCACAUUCAGCUCUCCAGAGAUGCAGCCAUUUGAAUCUACAUGGAGAAUUAUACAAGCGGUACGCAAUGAAUUGAAAACAUGCUGGCCUGUUUUGAGUAGCAAGCUACCAGAGAAUUUAUCAUUGAGGGUUAAGCCUUUACCAAGUGAGCUCUACGCUUCCUCUGAUUCUGAGCCUGACGGUGAAGAUGUCGAUGAGCUCUCUGGUGCUGUUUCAUCUGUCAAUGUCAUCCAAUUUGCUGAUGAUGCUAUAAGUGAUCACCUCUCAAAAAUGAAACUUGAUGAAGAAAACCUUGCGGUGAAGACUGCCUCAAGUUGCUCAACAGUAGAACAUCAUCCAACUGAUUUAGUAGAGGUAGAUAAAGAUGGAUCUGUGGUACUGUCCAAAAGAAUAUCUGAUUUUUCUCUCGCUUGGCGAUCAGAUUUAUCAAGAACUCAUGUCUGGUAUGCCAGCUUUGGUUCAAACAUGUGGAAGCCAAGGUUUCUAUGCUAUAUUCAAGGGGGGAAGGCUGAUGGUAUGAGUAUACCGUGCUGUGGAUCACGUGACACAAGCCCACCGAGAGGAACCAUGUGGAAGACUGUGCCUCAUAGACUGCUUUUCGGUAGAUCAUCUACCCCUUGCUGGGGAACUGGCGGUGUUGCUUUCCUCAACCCUGAGAUAAACUACAACGAGAAGUCUUAUGUCUGCAUGUACAAAAUAACGCUGGAGCAGUUCAAUGAUAUCUUGUUUCAAGAGAAUCGUUUAGUGCUGGAGGAUGGCAAAAAUGGAAAUGUUGUGUAUCCUGACUCUCCUUUGAUUGGUUUAUCUGAAGUGGAGUUUAUGUCUACCAACAAAGCUAUUCAUCUUGAACCUAUCAAGGAUAGCUGGUACUCCAAUGUACUUUAUCUUGGGGAUGAGGAUGAGCUUCCAACUCUUACUAUGACGUGCCCCUCAUCAGAUAUUGAGCGGUACAAAUCUGGUGAGCUGCCUCUAUCGCCUCCAUCAAAGACCUAUGCAGCCACUCUGAUAAAGGGACUAGUGGAAGGGGAGCAACUGGAUGCGGAUGGAGCUGCCAACUACAUCAAUGCUGCUGCUGCAAGAGGCUUGUGAAGGCUGCUUCAGCGUGGACUCUGUACAGCCACUCAGCCAGUAGGGUAUAGAAGGAUAUGGUAUUUUGUUAGCGUGUGAGGACACCGAUUGAGGACCAGGAGUGCUGUCCAGGCUUCAUUCUCCUCAAAUGCUGAGAAUCUGGAUCCCAUUUAAAUUGGGCAGGGUCGUUAAACCUUGCCCUAGCUUGAUCAUUGGUGAUCUCCCCUGAUAGGUUAAUUGGACGGGAGAAACACUAGCUGCGUUGGGGGUGGAGCAGCUGUAUCUGUGACCUGUGAGUCGCAACAGGUACUGCGCUGAUGCUUUUGUUUGAUAUGGUUUUCUGGUGAUGUUAUUAUUACUUGCACCACUA